AUGGUCUUUACAGGUCCCUUCCGAGCCAACGCAUGCUGUGAUCGCUCCUUGCAGUGUGCAGAACGGAUCCCAGAGGCUGAGGCAGUACUCGACCUGCUGGAGAAAUGCCCAGAGCACCAAAAAAAGGGAUCUUUUCCCGUCAUAGUUUUUGAGGGGCUGGAUGCCACAGGCAAAACGACAGUGACCCAGGCUGUUAAGGACACCCUGAAUGGCAUCCUGCUGCGGUCCCCACCACCCUGCAUCAGCCAGUGGAGGACUGUAUUUGAUGACGAGCGAACACCCAUCAAAAGAGCAUUUUAUGCUGCCGGCAACUACAUUCUGGCUUCAGAGAUAGCAAAAGCAUCCACUCAGGCACCUGUGAUCAUAGACAGAUACUGGCACAGCACAGCUGCCUAUGCAAUUGCCACUGAAACAAGUGGGGAAGUCCAGGAUCUUCCACCAGCUCAAGAUGAGGUGUAUCAGUGGCCUGAAGAUCUGCUUAAACCUGAUCUUGUGCUUCUCCUGACUGUUGACCCUGAAGAACGAGUCCGGAGACUUCAGCAUCGGGGGCUGGAGAAAACAAAGGAGGAAGCUGAGUUGGAAGCUAACAGCUUGUUUCGCCAAAGAGUUGAAGAGUCAUACAGAAGGAUGGUGAAUCCUGCAUGCCAAGAGGUUGAUGCCAGUCCCUCCAAAGAAGAGGUUCUCAAGACUGUUCUACAACUAAUUAAGAAGCACUGUGUUUUUUGAAAGCAACUUUUGUGUAGUAGCACUUAAAAGAUACUUUUUAUUGCCCCACUGUUUUGGUACCUGAAAAUGUACAGUGAUUUGUUUUGUCUCACAGAAAUACUGAACACGGUUUUAUUCUGUCAACAGUAAUCUGUGCAGGUUAUCUGUUUUGUGGUUGCUACUCUACUUUUCUGUAUAAGGCAAAAUACAGAAAAGUAGUACUCACAUCAUUCAGCAUUCUUUGUAAAGAAACGGACAUACUACAGUCAUGCAUGAAGUGCCUCAGAGUGCUUUCUGACACCAGGACAUUUUGAGAUCCUAUCAUGUUGCAUCUUCUUCACCAGGAGAACCUAUUCCCCAAUCCAUUGUGUGCCAAAAUUUGCUGCACUGCAUCAGGAGCAUUAGAUGCCCAAGGAGAGGCUAAAAUAUCAUAAGCACUAAAACCAUAAAAUGAUUGUAACAUUUAGGAACAGAAAAUCCAGUGCCCAGUGUUGAGGGGUUUUUUUGGUAUAGAGGAUGUGCAGCUGGUGCUAUGAUGAGCAUCGUGGAAAAAAUGUGUUGUAAAAAAGUGCCAGUAAACACCAAGGGCUCUAAGUGAUAAAGUCCAAGCCUGUUUAUAUAUUCAAAUGAAAUAUCUAUAUAUAUGAAUAUUUUCAGAGGGAACCCAGACAAUGCCAGCAAAUGAGAAACAGAGACCCGAGGAGAACCGGAAACUAAAAACUUAAAAAUAAUCACUAUAAUAUUUUUUACCAAACUUUAUCCUAUUAAUAUUUGUUAAUGAGAACUAAUCUUCUUUUGAGAGAAUGUGAAAUGAAAAACCUCAGAGAUUCUGAGCAGUGGGAAUGAUUGCACCUUUUGAGUUCAUCUUUUCUUUCUUAUGUGGGUGUUCAAACAGGUUGAAUGUGAACGCAGAGACUUCAGGUCUGCAAAAGCUUAUUUUUAUGCACAUUAGUUGAACUCCUAAGUGUAAAACUAAACAUAUGGAUAAGCUUUUGUGAGGUCAGAAAUAAAGCUGCAGUUCCAGAAAAAAAACAUCUUAAAAUGUAAAUUUGAUUUAAAACACUUUUACUUACUUUCCUGUUUUAAGUGAGUGCAAUUAUCAAUGAAUCUGUCUUCUAAAUAAUAAUAUACUCAAUACUGUAGUUCCUGUGUCCAGUCUGUAUAUACAAGGUGAUAGAAAGAAAAACUUCUAAAAAAUACAUUUUAUUCAUGCACUGUUUAAUGGUUUUG